AAUUUUACAUCGUUUGUUCGUUGGUGGGUUAUGGUAGUUGGAGUUAAAUGUUAAAUUUUUCAAACGAUAUUGGUUCUGGGUAGUAAUUUUGAUCAUGUAUACUGCUUGGAGGAGCUGUGCUCUUAGAUCUUCUCAAUUAUUACAUAAAUUACUUAUUGAAGAUGCUUCUAAUCAUUUAAGCCAUGGAAAGAAAACUAAUUUUCAAGUUAUAACGUUUACUUGUGCUCCAUCUAGAUCAUAUAGUGUGAACAUUCAUUCAAGAAAACUGUUUCGUUUAAAAUCAUCACAAAUUUCUAGUAAGAGAUAUGUACAAUCCACUCCUUUCAAUACCAUAAUAAUGUUUGUUCCCCAACAAGAAGCUUGGGUGGUUGAGCGAAUGGGAAGAUUCAAUAGGAUUUUGCAACCCGGUCUGAAUUUUUUAAUUCCCAUUGUUGAUAAAGUUAAAUAUGUUCAAAGUUUAAAAGAGUUGGCUAUUGACAUACCCAAACAAUCAGCAAUUACUUUAGAUAAUGUUACACUUAACAUUGAUGGCGUUCUGUAUCUGAGAGUUGUUGACCCAUAUAAGGCAAGCUAUGGUGUAGAAGAUCCAGAGUUUGCAAUUACGCAGCUUGCUCAGACCACAAUGCGUUCAGAACUUGGAAAAAUAUCGUUAGAUAGUGUUUUCAGAGAGAGAGAAUCUUUAAAUUUUGCAAUAGUUGAAGCAAUAAAUAAAGCAAGUAAUGCCUGGGGCAUAGAUUGCUUACGUUAUGAAAUUCGUGAUAUUAGAUUGCCCCAGAGAGUCAAUGAAGCAAUGCAAAUGCAAGUUGAGGCUGAGAGGAAGAAAAGAGCUGCAAUAUUAGAAUCAGAAGGUAUUAGAGAAGCAGAUAUAAAUGUAGCUGAAGGCAAGAAAAGAGCUAGAAUUCUAGCUUCUGAGGCAGAAAAAACUGAGCAAAUCAAUUCAGCGCAAGGUGAAGCAUCUGCCAUAUUAGCAAAAGCUAAUGCAAGAGCAAAGUCUUUGGAAGUUGUCGCUCAUUCUUUACUGCAAAAGAAAGGGAGUGGUGCUGCUUCAUUAUUGAUUGCAGAGCAGUAUGUAAUGGCAUUUAGUAAAUUAGCAAAAUCUGGAAACACCUUAAUACUGCCUUCUAAUACUGGUGAUGUGUCUUCCAUGGUCGCUCAAGCAAUGACUAUCUACAACAAUCUAUCGUCAAAGGAAGAUCAGUUUCCUAGGAGCAGUGUUGAAACUAUUAGUAAUUUGCAAUCUUCUGAGAAAGAUUGGAAUGAAUACAUCAGUGACAAAGAAGAUGAUAUUCAAGUUGAUGUGACAUCUGAUCAAAUGUCUCCAAAAAAAGAUGGUAAAGAUGAAAAUAGUUAAAGUAGUUUCCUGUGUAGAAUCUUUGACCCAUUUAAGAUGAAUAAUUUAUUUCAAAUAAAUAUAAUGUUUUUGUUGGUCUUGUUAAUUUCAAACCAUUAAUUUUUUCCUUAUGGGCCAUCUGCCAAACUACUACUGAGGAAAUCAAAAGGGAUCAUUUUGUUAUCAUCAGACAUCUUGUACAUUCUUAUUUUUUGUAAUGUAUUUAAAAAAUGUAUAAACAACCUUUUCCAAUGUGAUUAACUUCUUCUUCUGCUAAGUAAUAAAAGUUGAGAUUCCUGAAGAUUUUCUGUUUUAAAAUUUGGAGGGAUUUUAAACCAUUUUGUGGGAUUUCAUAUUUUUGUUUUAUUUAGAAAAGGGGUGAAAGUUUGUUAUCUAAAAUGCAUGGUUAUAAUUUUAAAAGCAAAUCUUAUUCUGAUUAAAAUUUAAAAAAUUUUUAAUUAAAGAAGGUGUUAAUAACAGUCAUGAGUAAAUGGCUUGAGUUGCUAUGUUCUGAAUGAUAUUUAUGCCCAAACUGGAUUAAAAAAAAAAAAAAAAAGAUGAGUGUCAAUUACGGCUGAGCGAUCUAGUAAUUUCUACAUUGUGAUGCGGAAGGUCUUGCACCCAUGCUUAGACCAUUGCUAACAAGCUUGAAUUUGGGGACAAUGAGAAAGGAAUGCAUAGUAGGGGGCUGCAUUGCUGUAGUCAUUGUUAGUAUGAAUUUUCAGUGUCAUGUGGAAAAGAUAGAAUAGCUGUCACCACUUGAUAACUAAGAGAUGGGUAGGAAGUUACUCAAAGGAUUAGGAACACACAGUGAGCUUUCUGCAAUGACGGAAAGUAUCAGGGGAAAAAAAGGUAUUAAUCAGGAUUUUUUCAGGUCAGAAGUUUUGUUCGUCUUAACCGAAACUUCCUUUUUGUUCUACGUAAUAUCUGUGACAUUUUUAAUACUGUUUAAUAGUAAACCAAACUUUAAUAACAAAAUGUUCUUUUUAGCCAUGAUUUCAUAUUAACAGAGUUCAACUGUACUUUAAAAUUCCUAAAACAGAUGAACCAUAAAAAUAGUAGGUGCAGGGGACUUUGGGGUGUCAUGUUGUGUAAAAUUUUAUUGAAUUGUGAUUUUGUUCUCACAGAAGAAAAGCUGCCAACUAGUCUGAAUUGAAGAAAAAAUUUCCCUCGAUCUGGUUCCAUUUUUCAAGUAAAAUGUAUUUACUUCAUUUGAAUAAAUUUUC